AUGACAAAGAAGACUCAGAGAAGGCCAGUGACUUACCCCAGGUUACACCGCCUGAGCCUGGCGGAGCCCAGGGAGCCCAGCGCUGUGCUGGUGCAGAGUCCCCGCCUGUCACCGGCUGAAACCGAAACUUCGCUGUGUUUGAGAUCAGCCGCUCUCUCUGGGACCCUAACGGAAACCCAGGGGAGGGGUGCACCCCGUCCCCAGGAGGCGCUCUCACUUCGUCUCAGAGGGGGUCUCUUGGGGUGGGGGCCAGCCUCGCUCACCUGGAUCGGGAGGCCCACCCUGCUCCUGCGGCCGGGCUUCCGGGCAGGCUGCCAGGGCCAUCCAGACAAGCGGUGUCUCAGUGGCGCUCACCUCGCUAGAGGCUGUGGGGGCCACAGCCACCAGAGCCGGUCCCGCCAGGCUGGGCCUGUGCCCGCCCCGCCACAGAGGUCACGGCCGCCAGGAAGAGCCACGGCUGUGCGCAGUACACCCUCCCACCCCCAGCCCUCUGGGGCAGGCCUGGGCCCUUGGAGGAGCAGGAGGGGAGGGCAGGGCCCGUCGAGGGACCCGGCUGGCCCAGGCUCGGGCUCCCAGCCCGCCCCAAAGCCCUGCUCCCGGAAGGCAGUGCCGGGGGCCUGGGGGAAACAGGACCUGCGCCUUCCCUCCUUGGGGACUCCUGGCUCUUCAGACGCCCUCCAGCUGUUACACGUUUCCGCGGCCCCCACGUGGACGGACACGCACACGUAUGCAAGGCGGAUGCACAUACAGUGCAAGUGA